AUGAGUUCCGAGAAGAACGCAACCACGCCAACCCCCGUGUUGUGCGAUAACAAUUGCGGGUUCUACGGGAACCCCGCGAACAACAACCUGUGCUCAAAGUGUUACCGAGAGUUCCAAGAAAAGAAGAAAAAAGAAAUAUCCGACAUGGAGAAGAUAAACGAAAAAAAUAUCACAGAAAAUUUGCAUAAUUACAAAAAAAUAAAUAGCCUAAUGGAGCCAAGUUAUAUAAGUGAUAAAAAGAUCGAAGCGGAAAAGCCGACUUUUAUGGAAAAUGAAAAGCCCUCCCUACCUGAGGAGAAACAGCCUACCUCCACCAACUUAAACAUAAACAAAGUCGAAACGGAGGAAAAUCAAAAUAAUGGUAGUAACCAAAACACCAGCGGAAGUAGCUCUAUUAGUGAUGCUCCCAACGCGACAAACGAACAGAGCAGCAGUAGCAAAGUCAACAAACCCGAGGACAGGGAAAAAUGCUUCUUCUGUUGCAAGCGCGUAGGUCUUUUGGGAAUUAAGUGCAGAUGCAACCACUACUUCUGCUCUCUUCACAGAUAUGCUGAUGCGCAUAACUGCACCUUUGAUUAUAAAAACUAUCACAAGCAGCAGUUAAUAAAAAAUAACGUCAAGGUUGUUGCAGACAAGGUGAAGAAAAUAUGA